CCAGACCUCUCUCUCAUUCUGCUCCCUCUGUCGACGGACUAUUGCUUUGUGCUUCUUUCCUUGACUGUGUUUGAAUGUAGUUUUAGCACUCUACCCUCUAAAACAGAGUAUAGCAAAGCAUAAAACUUACUCGGUUUCCUUCUGUUGAAGAAAACAGAAUAGAAUGGCGUGUGAGCUUUGUUCUGAGUUCAAUAUCAUUGGCUCUACGUAAUUCUAGGAACACCCCAGAUCCUAAAAUCUCUCUCUUUCACUCUAGAAUCUCUUUUCUCUCUAGAAUCUCCGAGUUGCUUGUCUGUCGUAACCCACAUUUGAAUUCCAAAAAGGGUAAACAUUUGCAUUUCACUUUUUUCUGGCUUUCGUUGGAAUUUCCAACUUUUUCUAUUUAUGGACUUAACCACAUUGGGCGGAGAAAGUUUCGGUACCCACACACCCAGGCUGUUGUUCCGUUUGGGCAAUUUGAUUCCGUUUUGCAUUGGCUGAUUCUGAAUUCGCAUUGUCCAGGUUUGGUUAAUUCUUGUUCCCACUGAAUAAGAAAGUAUUGACAUUUUGGAAAAAAUUUCCUGUUUUGGUUUAUUUGAAUUGACUUAUCUUUUUUAUUUGAGAUCUGGGUUCUUGAGGUUGGUGAAUCUGGCAUUGGGAUUUUCUUAAUUUGAACUGAUAGUGUGGAGAAAUUCCCCUCAUUGGGUUGUCACUGGUGAAGUUUUCUUGAAUUGGGGAUCUGGGUUCUUUUGAAUUUCUCCAGAUAGGCUUUUGUGAUCUUUCGGUUUAAGUUAUACUUUUUUUGUUCUUGAUAGGUUUUUGUUUAGAACCUGAUCUGGGUUCUCUCUCAUUUCCCUAGGUUGUAGAAAUAAAAUAAUUUUACUGGAGCCUUCUGAAGUUGUUGAUUGGAGAAUGGGAAUUAUUAGAGGAAUUUUGCAGUGUCCUUGUUGGAAUAGGGGACUGUGGAGUAGAAUUAUGGGCUGCAUCUGCUCAAAGGCAACUUUAUCCAAUCAAUACGUUUCUGAGAAUCAACGUAGAGACAAGGAAUUAAAGUCAAGCAAGUCAUCAAAACUGUCAGAAGCUGCAGUUGGGGCUGAUGCGACUGCACGGUUGAUAACCAAUCCUCACACAGAAGAGAAUGCAGGGUCAACUCCUAUUUCAUCGGAUGAAGGGGAGAAGAAGAUGGUGGUUACUGAGAAACCCACAAAACCCUUCAUGGAGGGUGGGGCGAGCGUGGGAAAGUCACCAUCCGGGCUAACUAGGAUAACUAGCGUAUCAAAUGGAGAAAGAGGAGCGCAAGUUGUUGCUGGAUGGCCUUCUUGGCUGACUGCAGUGGCAGGUGAAGCAAUCAGUGGGUGGGUGCCUCUCAAGGCAGACUCAUUUGAGAAAUUGGAGAAGAUUGGACAAGGAACUUACAGCAGUGUGUACAGAGCCCGUGAUCUGGAUUCAAACAAAAUAGUUGCACUGAAGAAGGUGCGAUUUGCCAAUAUGGAUCCGGAAAGUGUGCGUUUUAUGGCGAGAGAAAUUCUUAUUUUGCGUAAGCUUGAUCACCCCAAUAUCAUGAAGCUUGAAGGUCUGAUUACAUCAAGGGUUUCGGGCAGCUUAUACCUUGUAUUUGAAUACAUGGAGCAUGAUCUUGCUGGGAUUGCAGCACGGCCCGGGGUCAAGUUCACUGAAGCACAGAUUAAAUGUUACAUGCAACAGCUUCUUCGUGGGCUUGAGCAUUGUCACAGUCAUGGUAUUUUGCACCGUGACAUUAAGGGAUCAAAUCUUUUGAUCGACUAUUAUGGCAACCUAAAGAUUGCUGACUUUGGGCUAGCAACCUUUUACCGACCCCGUCAAAAGCAGCCCCUGACAAGUCGGGUAGUAACCUUGUGGUACCGACCACCUGAACUUCUGCUUGGCUCUACAGAUUAUGGGGUUGCUGUGGAUUUGUGGAGUGCUGGUUGUAUUCUUGCAGAAUUGUUUGCUGGGAAGCCUAUCAUGCCAGGAAGAACAGAGGUGGAGCAACUACAUAAGAUAUUCAAACUUUGUGGGUCACCUUCUGAAGAAUACUGGAAGAGAUCAAAAUUGCCGCAUGCAACUAUUUUUAAACCAACGCAUCCAUACAAGCGUUGUGUUGCUGAGACAUUCAAGGACUUCCCUCCGUCAGCAUUGGCCUUGCUAGAGGUUCUUCUAGCAGUAGAACCUGAAAGUCGUGGAACAGCUUCUUCUGCACUUCACAGUGAGUUCUUCACAUCAUUGCCUCUUCCCUCUGAUCCCUCAUCUUUGCCUAAGUACCCACCCAGCAAGGAGUUUGAUGCCAAGCUCCGAGACGAGGAAGCUAGAAGGCGAAGAGCACCUGGUAGUAAAGGAGGGAGUUCCAAAGAAUUAAAGGCUGUGCCAGCACCAGAUGCCAAUGCAAUACAGCGACAAGGGCAGCCUAACCCCAAAAGCAUAAGUGAAAAGUACAACCCUGACGAGGAUAGUGGCUCUGGCUUUCCUAUUGAGCCUCCCAAAGGAGCAACAUCAAAUGGCUAUUCCCAUUCUGGCCAGUCAAUGCACCCAAGUGCAUUUGGAUCUUCACGGAAUAUGUCACAAUCUGGCCAGUCUAGGAAUGGUGCGGAGAAGUCUUAUAUGUAUCGUGGGGCAGCCCAGUCGUCCAGGUUUUCCAAUUCAGCUUCAGUUCGAAGUGAUUCACGAUAUGAUGGUGUUGUAGAAGCUAGUGCAAAUCCACACUGGCCAGAGGAGCGUAUUAAUGCCAGAUAUAGUCAUUUAGACAAUGGGGAUUCCUCUGCAAAACAUGAUUGGUCCCACAAUUUUCUGGAUAGGCCAAAGUCUUCACAUAAGAAGGAUGAACAGCCAUCAGGGAAGGAGUCCUCAACGGGUUAUGCUACCAAGAAGAACCGGAUCCACUACUCUGGACCGUUGAUGCCCCCUGGAGGAAACCUUGAGGAGAUGCUCAAAGAGCAUGAGAGACAAAUACAACAUGCUGUCCGCAAAGCUCGUCUGGACAAGAACAAACCCAAGAAAGCCAACAGUGAAAAUGGACAAACCGAAUCCCUGCUUCACCAUAUAAGAAAUGGCAGGUGAUGACAGAAGGGAAAGUCACACUGGCUUAAUUUUGAAAGCAAGAGCUCCUUCGGAACAGCAUCACUCUGAUAUUAAAGAAAUAUUCCUCUUGGGAACUCGACAAAUCUCACCACGGAAAAGAUAAAUGGGAUUUAUGGAGCUUCUUUGGUUUAUAUCACAUCAGAUAUAUAUUCACUUUUUGAAGGUAUGCUAUCAUCACUUGCUAGAGAGAUUCAGAAAGAUUGUUAAUCUUGAAUUUGAAGUAAAUUAAAUCCCCAGGCAUCGACUUGUGAUCUGCUUUGGGAUGGUUUUUGUAAUUGACAUACCAGAAAAUUGUUUCAUUGCCAGAUGGUGAGAGGACUCUUUGGUGUCCAGAUGCUGGAGACAAGCUGUGCACAGCCGAAACCUGAUCUGCUCAAUCAGCUAUAUUUCAUUCUUUGUAAAGGCUAAGUUAUAUCACUAAGUCAAAGGUUUUGUGAUCACAGGCCACUAUUUAUUCAAAUCAAUGUACAAGACAGUUCUUACUACUCCAAACCCAUCAGCACAAUUCUCUUUCCUUUUCCUUUUUCUCCCUUUUUUAGGUUUCUUUUGGAAUGAAUUACACAAGUGCGUAUAUUUAAGCAAGCAUAAAUGACUCGAACUCUUCUUGCAGAUCCUACAAUGACUUUAAUUUUUUUAUUAUUAAGGAAGUUGGUACCUACCAUAUUUUAUCCAUAA